UGCUUACUCUGUGGUCAGUUCAAAUUGGUCGCGUGAAACGAAGGCGCGUAUUUCGCGCGUUUAGUUAUUUUGAAAAGUGCAUUGAAUUUAUUUAUUUAUUUUGAAAAAAAUGGCGUGUCCUAUGAGAUCAGCAAUAGAAGACAUAGGGCAGGAUGGCAAUCACCUUGGCAACGAGGCUGGUAUGCUUUAUGGAGAAUAUCUGAUGCUGGACAAGCUUCUAGAUGCACAGCGGAUGCUCAGCGCAGAGACUUCUAAACCAGUGCAUGAUGAACAUCUUUUUAUUGUUACACAUCAAGCAUACGAACUAUGGUUCAAGCAGAUUAUCUUCGAAGUGGACUCAGUGCGGUCCCUGCUAAAUGUGGAAGGGCUGGAUGAAAGCCACACUAUGGAGAUUUUGAAGAGGUUGAACAGGGUCGUGCUUAUAUUGAAGCUGCUCGUAGACCAAGUUAUGAUAUUGGAAACUAUGACGCCUCUUGACUUUAUGGACUUCAGACAGUACCUGCGUCCCGCGUCUGGAUUUCAGAGUUUACAAUUUAGAUUACUAGAAAACAAGCUGGGUUUAAAACAAGCAUUACGUGUGAAAUAUAACCAGAAUUAUCAAACAGUCUUCGGAGAUGAUCCAGAAGCAAUGGAGGCGUUAAAAAAAUCAGAAGACGAACCAGCAUUACUAGCCCUUAUAGAACGUUGGUUGGAACGUACGCCUGGUCUCAAUACUCACGGGUUCAAUUUCUGGGGGAAAUUCGAGGCAGUUGUCAACAAAAUGCUGGAAGAUGAUAUUGAGGAAGCUAUGCGUGAGCCAGCUGAAGUGGUGCGUCAUCACCGUCUCCAAGACAUCGAGAACCGGCGGGAGAUCUACCGCUCGAUCUUUGAUCCAACUGUACAUGAUGCACUACGAUCUAGGGGGGAAAGAAGGUUAUCCCACAAAGCGCUUCAAGGCGCUAUAAUGAUAACGUUCUAUAGAGACGAGCCUCGCUUCUCUCAACCACAUCAGCUGCUAACUCUGCUUAUGGAUAUGGACAGUCUUAUUACAAAAUGGCGAUAUAAUCACGUUAUAAUGGUACAGCGUAUGAUCGGCUCUCAGCAGCUCGGGACCGGCGGUUCCUCUGGCUAUCAAUACUUACGGUCUACUUUGAGCGACCGCUACAAAGUAUUCCUGGAUCUGUUCAACUUAUCAACAUUUUUACUCCCACGGUCUCUAAUCCCCCCUCUCGAUGACGGGAUGAAGAGGGACCUUAACCUCACAUGGGGAGACCAGGGGAGGGAGAAUGAGCAAAAUGGAUCUUGAUAGAAGUUAAAAUAAUAAAUAAUAGAGAUUAAAAUAACUAAAAUAAUCAUGAAUUGCAAUAAGGAACUUAGAAUUAAUUAUUCUGAGUUACUUUUCUUUGAGUAAGGCUACUUUUCAGGUUUUAUAUGUAUGUUUUUUUAUGUUUUUCAAGAAUGUAAGAGUGCAUUUUUUGUGAUUAAUUUAAUUUUCAAUUGAAUCAAUCUUAUAUCAA